UUCAUAUCCUCUCCCUCUCAGUUUCUACUCAUCAAUGGCCAGAGACGGUGGCGUUACUUGUCUACGUAGCUCAGAGAUGCUGAACGUCGGUCUCGGAGGAAUGGAAUCUCCACCGUUGGAUUUAGAUGAAGUUCAUGUCUUGGCCGUCGAUGACAGCCUCGUAGAUCGUAUUGUCAUUGAGAGAUUACUUCGUAUCACCUCAUGCAAAGUCACGGCUGUAGAUAGUGGAUGGCGUGCUCUGGAGUUUCUAGGGCUAGACAACGAAAAAGCCUCUGCUGAAUUAGAUAGAUUGAAAGUUGAUAUGAUCAUCACUGAUUACUGUAUGCCUGGAAUGACCGGUUACGAGCUUCUCAAGAAAAUCAAGGAAUCGUCCAGUUUCCGACAAGUUCCAGUUGUAAUAAUGUCGUCUGAGAAUGUGUUGACUAGAAUCGACAUGUGUCUUGAGGAAGGUGCGGAGGAUUUUUUACUGAAACCGGUGAAACUCGCCGACGUGAAACGCCUGAGAAAUCACUUAACCGGAGAUGUUAAGCUUUCUAACGGAAACAAACGGAAGCUUCCAGAAGAUUCUGUUACCGUCCACGCUUUGCUUCCUCCGCCGCCAGCGUUGACUCUUUCCACUGAUUCUUCGGAUUCUUCUCCGCCUUUAUCUCCCGUGGAGGUCUUUUCCUCGCCACUCUCAUCUCUGAUAGAUGAUGAAGAUGAUGAUGAUGUGUUGACAUCGUCGCCGACGCCGGAGGAAUCGCCGGUUCGACGGCAGAAGAUGAGGAGUCCCGGAUUAGAUUAGUGAAAGUGUUUUUACAUUUCUGGGAUCCGUGUAAUAUUUACUAUCUCCGUUAACUUUUUUUACCAUUGACGGUGUUUUUAAUUGCACGUUGACUUGACGCCGUCAAUUUAUAGAUGUCCUUUAAUCUCCUUUUCUUAUUUCAAAACUUUUCCGAAUUUCCUUAUUUUGAUUAUAUUAUGCAGGUUGUUCAAAAAAGAUUAUAUUAUGCAGAAAGUUAUGGUUUUGACUUUUGACACUUCCUAAGCAUUUAUCAAAGGAAAA